AUGAGACCUCGUAUUUACCCAGACACGGAAGAGCUUAUAAAUGCCAAAAUAAAAGCUAAACUUGCUAAGGUGAAGGACGAAACAAGUACCAGCAAAAUGAAUCAACCUGCUGGUGGAAACAGAGAUAAAAAUACACUGUAUAUGUUCAGAGUAGUUUGUAAACAGCUACUGAUCAAAGACUUUCAGUUAAAGUAUGCCGAUAUUCACCACUUGGAAAAGAUAUGGACGGAGCUUAAUAAUAUAGAGGGUGUAAGCUUAAACGUAGAAAAAAAUGGGCUGAAAAAGUAUGAAUUUCCUAAACUUGAAUAUGACCAUGUUUUAGGUCAAGUACUAUCACCCGAUCCUGUUGCCGUCCUAGGUGAUGAUAUCCUCACACCCUUAAGCCAAGAGACAAAAAAUGGUUUGCAGGCAUUUAUAAACCCUUUAAUUAUGGAGCUCGAGAACUGUUUGCCAUCGUUUUAA